UGUCUGAGCCAGCCGCCUCUCGCCGGCCCUGCGGACUGCAGCAGGAGGGAGCAUCCCGUCGUCUCCUACCAAGCGCUCAGGUCCUGGGUGUCUGAGUUCUCCCGUGCAGGAGUGAAGGAUUUCUCCCAGCUGGCCAUGGACGUGAACCGGAACCAGCUGAUUGUUGGAGCCAGAAACUUCCUGUUCAGAUUGAGUUUGAACAACGCCUCCCUCAUACAGGCAACAGAAUGGGCACCCGAUGAAGAGACGAAGCGCUCCUGCCAGAGCAAGGGCAAAUCUGAGGACGAAUGUCAGAACUACGUCCGCGUCCUGCUGAUCAGCGGGAGGACGCUUUUCACCUGCGGGACCAACGCUUUCACCCCCGUCUGCGUCACCAGGCAGAUCUCCAACACCAGCCAGGUGCUGGACACGGUGAACGGCGUGGCUCGGUGUCCGUACGACCCGCGCCACAACUCCACCGCCAUGGUGACGGAACGCGGCGAGCUGUACGCCGCCACCGUCAUCGACUUCUCGGGACGUGACCCGGUCAUCUACCGGAGCCUGGGGAACAUGCCGCCGCUGCGCACGGCCCAGUACAACUCCAAGUGGCUCAACGAGCCUCACUUCCUGUCCGUCUACGAGAUCGGCCGCUUCACCUACUUCUUCCUGAGAGAGACGGCGGUGGAGAACGACUGCGGGAAGGUGGUGUUCUCCCGGGUGGCCCGGGUCUGCAAGAACGACAUGGGCGGCCGCUUCCUGCUGGAGGACACCUGGACCACCUUCAUGAAGGCCCGCCUCAACUGCUCGCGCUCGGGGGAGAUCCCCUUCUACUACAACGAGCUGCAGAGCACCUUCUACCUGCCGGAGCAGGACCUGAUCUACGGCGUCUUCACCACCAACGUGAACAGCAUAUCGGCCUCUGCCGUCUGUGCCUACAACCUGAGCGCCAUCACCCAGGCCUUCAACGGACCCUUCCGCUACCAGGAGAACCCGCGCACCGCCUGGCUCUCCACCCCCAACCCCAUCCCCAACUUCCAGUGUGGCACGCUGGAGGAGGGCGGCCCCGGCGGGAACCUGACGGAGCGCAGCCUCCAGGACGCCCAGCGACUCUUCCUGAUGAACGACGUGGUCCAGCCGGUCACCGUCAACCCCCUGCUCACCCAGGACAACCUGCGCUUCUCCAGGCUGGUGGUGGACAUCGUGCAGGGCCGAGACACGCUCUACCACGUCAUGUACAUCGGCACGGAAUACGGCACCAUCCUGAAGGCCCUCGCCACGACCAACAAAAGCCUCCACGGCUGCUACCUGGAGGAGCUCAGGAUCCUCCCCGAGGGCCAGCUGGGCCCCAUCAGGAGCCUGCAGAUCCUGCACACAGACAGAUCCCUGUUCGUGGGGCUGAACGACCGACUGGUGAAGAUCCCGCUGGAGCGCUGCUCCAGCUACGCCACGGAACGUUACUGCCUGGAGGCUCGGGACCCCUACUGCGGCUGGGACCACAAGCAGCGGCGCUGCACCACGUUCGAGGAGAGCGCCAACAUGAACCAGUGGACUCAGAACAUCACCGAAUGCCCAGUGAGGAACCUGACGCAGGACGGCGGCUUCAGCCCGUGGGCGCAGUGGCAGCCGUGCAGCCACAACGACGGCGAGGGCUCCGUCAGCAGCUGCAUGUGCCGGUCGCGCUCCUGCGACGGCCCGGCGGCGCGGUGCGGAGGGCUGCAGUGCAGGGGUCCCACCAUCCAGGUGGCCAACUGCUCCAGGAACGGCGGCUGGACCCCCUGGUCCUCCUGGGGCCAGUGCAGCAGCAGCUGCGGCAUCGGGUUUGAAGUGAGACAGCGGUCCUGCAACAACCCCGCGCCUCGCCACGGCGGCCGCGUCUGCGUCGGCCAGGGCCGCGAGGAGAGGCUGUGCAAUGACAAGAAGCCGUGCCCGCUGCCGGUGCUGUGGACGGCGUGGGGCCCCUGGGCGCACUGCAGCGCCGACUGUGGAGGCGGGGUCCACUCCAGGACCAGGACCUGUGAAAAUGGGAACACCUGUCCUGGAUGUGCGAUGGAGUAUAAAACCUGUAACCUGGAGGCCUGCCCCGAAGUCCGCCGCAACACGCCGUGGACGCCGUGGAUGCCGGUCAACGUGAGCCAGGACGGCGCCCGGCAGGAGCAGAGGUUCAGGUACACCUGCCGGGCGCUGCUGCCCGACCCCCAGCAGCUGCAGCUGGGCAAGAAGAAGCUGGAGACCCGCUUCUGCCCCAACGACGGAACCGGAGCCUGUCAGACCGACUCUCUGGUCGAGGACUUGGUGAAGACGAGCGGCGGCCGAACGGCGGCCCAGCCGCCGGGCGCCCGCUGGGGCUCCUGGGAGACCUGGUCCGCCUGCUCCCAGCAGUGCUCCCGCGGCUUCCGGACGCGCAAGCGAAGCUGCUCCACCGCCGAGGGCCGGACCAACCCCGGCGCCUGCGUGGGCUCGCCGGUGGAGUACCAGGACUGCAACGCCCAGCCGUGCCCGGUGAGCGGCGCCUGGUCCUGCUGGUCCUCCUGGUCCCAGUGUUCGUCCAGCUGCGGCGGCGGCCACUACCAGCGCACCCGGACCUGCAGCAGCCCGCCGCCCGCCAACGGAGGCGACAUCUGCAUCGGCCUGCACACCGAGGAGGCGCUCUGCAACACACACACCUGCGAAGGUACGGCCGUCUGGGGCGACUGGACCGAGUGCGACUGUGACGACGAGGGCCUGCAGCAUCGCCACCGCCGCUGCGGCGACGACCCGGACGGCGAGGCCGGCGCGUGCCAGGGCAACGUCACGCAGUCCCGGCCCUGCCGGCCGCACGAGGUGCCAGUCAUCCUGCCCGGACAGGAGGAGCAGAGCUGCGGAACCUUCACCCUGUUCCAGCUGGUGGCGGUGGGCUCGGCCAGCUUCUUCGCCGCCGCCCUGCUGUCGGCGCUGGCCUACACCUACUGCCACCACCUGAACCGGCCGCCGCCCGAGUCGGCCGUCAUCCACCCCAGCACCCCCAACCACCUGACCUACAGCAAGCAGGGCAACGCCACGCCAAAGAACGAGAAGUACAUCCCCAUGGAGUUCAAGACGCUGAACAAGAACAACCUCCACGUGAACGACGAGACGUGCAACCACUUCCCGUCCCCGCUGCCCUCCGGCAACAUGUUCACCACCACCUACUACCCCCCCAGCCUGGGCAAGUACGACUUCCACCCGGACUCGCCGUGCAGGACCUACAUGCACAGCUGAGAGCAGGAACCGGGCUUUAGCUCGUCCGCCCCGCCGGUCUGU